AAUGUUGUGAUUUUCAUCACACAGCUUACGUAACUAUCAGGCUCAGUAUUACAGUAGCCACACGGAAUGAUUGCAUCACAUCAUAUGAAUCAAAGGGUUAACAAGUGUCUGCGCCUAUGGAAUAUAUUCUCUCCAUACUCAAUCAAACAACGGACAGAUUUUCAGCUUUUGCUAGAAAGGUUGACGAUGUCAUAUUCGACACAUACGGAACGUACGGAGCAAUCAACCAGACAACAGGUUAUAUCAAAAGCAUCAGUAGUGGACAUCAAGAAAUUAUCAGAUACAGUGAAAGGACUAACAUUAAAGGUUGCUGAAAAUUCCCACUUCAUUUUUAAACCUGGACAAUGGGUUGACUUCUUUGCUCCAGGGGUAUCAGUUGUUGGUGGCUUUUCGAUCUGCUCAUCGCCCUCUCAGUUGCAUAGCCAUAGGAGCUUUGAGCUUGCUGUUAAGUACAGCACUCACCCACCUGCACAUUGGGUGCACACUAAGUGCAAGCCAGGAGACGAAGUUCAAGUAAGAGUAGGAGGAGACUUUCAUUACAUCAAACAAAAGGGUUGCAAGGAUGACCUGCUGUUGAUUGCUGGGGGUGUAGGAAUAAACCCCUUAUGGUCUAUGAUGCAGUUUGUUUGCGAAGAGAAACAUACAGGGAAUAUAAGUCUUCUUUACAGUGCAAGUACUCAAGAAGAGUUACUAUUUAAGGAUAGCAUAUCCACUUUAUGUGAGAAGAAUCCAUCAGUCACCUGUAAAUUUUUUGUAACCAAGGAAAAGCUUGAGAGAGAUAUGAUAGAUAAAUAUACUCAAACUGGAAGAAUAACAGAAGACUCUCUUCGUUCUGCCAUAUCUGACAAAGAUCGUAGUACACUGAGGGUAUUGUUGUGUGGACCACCAAAUAUGACUCAGUUUCUUCUGGACAAUUUAGUAAACCUUGGGUUGGAGUCAAGUCAGAUAAAGUUUGAGAAGUGGUGGUAGCAGAUAACACUAAACUCAAGUCAAAAGGGAAAUUCGACUGAAUAGAUGUUGAAACGUAUAUAGACUGGAUGACAACAAAUACAAUUUAUUAAUUCUAUACUGCUGUUUUAAUUUGAUCAUGUUAAUUUAUUGUUCCUAUAAUCAGAUUGCACUAAACUAGCGAGAUACAUUGCCAUCCUGGCCAGUAAAUGCCAAGGGUUAAAAGGAGGAGUGUCACACCCAUUGUACAUAAAACGUUUGAUAAUUGUGCAUUGCCAUCUGGGUGGGUAUGUGUGUGGCUUCUUCACCUGACUAAAGUCACAUACAGUGGCAAAAUAGCACAAAUUGUUUCAGUUAUGAAUCAUGAACUAUUCUCUUUGGCUACACGUCUAAAUCGCAAACACUUCAUGAUUAAGAAAAGGCUAUUAGGCCCUAACCAAACAACAGGCAAGUUUUUACUUGUACUGAUUCAUUUGGCUAGGGCUUAACAGUAAGAAUUACUAUUUUGAAAUGGUUGUAUAGUGAAAAACUUCAUUAUUCUCAAAUAAUUCUCAAAUAUCUCCCGACAAUAAAGCAGACCAUGGGCAAAACAGUGGCAUCCAGAGUUUAUUGCUUCUUAUAGGCCCUUCGCAGGAGAAAGAGGAAAGCAAGAAGACGAAACACGAGAAGUAAGCCAAUCAAAGCGUAGAUAUCUUUCAUUAAGUUGUUCUGAAAUAAAGACAUAGAAUUAUAUUA